UUUGUCUGUGAUCAAAGAGGUCAACGACACCAAGUAUCGACAAUCGACUUUUCACGAACAUCAAGUCAAUUUUGUCAAGUCGUGAAAACAGCUGGAAAAUUACAAGCAUUUUUGUGUAGUUAAAAAUCUUCAUUAGUCUUUUAUAAUUAUUCGGUUGUGUUUCACGAGUAUGGCAGAAAUAUCGUGGCCUUGGCAGUAUAACUUUCCCCCGUUCUUUACAAUCCAACCGCACACUGAGACAAGAUCUAAACAACUAGAAGCAUGGGAACAAUUAAUAACAGAUUAUUUGAAGGCAACAAAACAAUCUACAAUAGAUAUCAGGGAGGCAUCAAACACACCGCUUUUCAAUAACAUAGAAAUUAAUAGAAAAUUGUCUCAGGAAGCUAUUUUAACAAUAUUGGAGGACAUGGCUAAGGCUGGCAAGGCCGCUCCCAUUGACAAGAGCAAAAACGUGUGGGAGGUAUAUUGGCACUCGCUGGAUGAGUGGGGAAAUAUGAUUUACAACUGGGCAUGUAAUAAUGGGUUUAAUAAUUCAGUUUGUACACUGUUUGAGCUGAGAGAAGGAGAUAAUACCGCUGACCAAGAAUUUCAUAACCUUGAUAUGAAUGUCCUGGUCAAAGCAUUAAAGUCACUGGAAGCCAAAGGUCGAUGCGAACUCAUGGAAUUUGAUGACAACCAGGGUGUAAAGUUCUUUUAAAUGAACAUAUUAAGGACGAGAACGGAACUGCAGCAUGGAUCCAGCAAAGGUCAUAGCUAGGGGACUUUUUACAGCCACGUCAGCCUCAUGUAGCUGGUAAGAUCAUGUGUAACUCAUGGAAUCAUAACUAGGGGAUUUGUUUAAAGCCAUGAACUCAUUCUGCCAAAGCUAUUGUGUUCGGAUUGGAGCAUUUUCACGGACAUUACCAUUAACAAAAUUGCAUAGAGAAUAUUAAACAUAUUAUCUGUGCUCAUAUAAUUAUGUAUUAAUAAAUUGACUUUUUUUAAGUGACAUGUGUAAUUUAAAACUUGUAUACUGGAAUGUGUAAAUAAAUAUUUUCUUUUAAUUUAAAAUAGGGAAAGUGCAUUUAUAUUGUCGUCUCAUCUUACCUACACAUAGGUAGUCAUUAUACAAAAUAAUUUUCAAUGUUAUUACAUAUUUUAUUACAAUCAUAAACUAAUGGUGUAUUCAAAUUUUUUUGAUGGUCUAGUUCUUACAAUUUAUAAAUAAUAAUGUAGUUUCAUAUGUGUGUGUUAGAUAAAUUAUUAAUAUUAAUUAAUGUUUAAUGAAUAUUAUGUAAUAGCGAUUGUGUUAAAACACAUAAUAUGUUAAAAUUAUUUGAUGUUACAUUGUAAGAUUAGAUUUCUGGUCAUUCAUAAUAGUUUAAAUUCACUUAGAAGAUUUUAAUAAACAAAUAUAACAAGAUCUUGUAGGAUAAAUUUUAGUGUGCAAUUUUUAGUAGAAAUACAAUAUAAAAAAAUACAUAUAUUAUUGAUAAACAUGUUUCCUGAUUGUGUGGUCAUCAGUUCACAGUUAAUGUACCGAAUAAUUAGAGUUAUUUAAAAACGUAAAAAUUAAGGUUAUCUGUGUAACGGGACGUUUCGGAAUGCACAAAUAGCCUUUCUAGUAUUGCCAUAACAUAAAAAAAUGCAUCACGGUACAAAAAUAUUUUCAGGCUGUUAAUUUUCAGAGUAGGGUCUGUAAAUUACUAUAACACUUGGCAUUCAUAACGGCGAAAUUAAUUUUAACUUCGUACAAAUCUGUAUUGUUCGGACGGCAGCCUGUCCAUGGGCAUAAUUUUAUAUGAAAAUAUAUACUUCAGUUUUCGCAAGCCGUGAACAUAAUGAGAUACUUUUACGGCUUAAUACAAUUAGACGGUAGUUGCAAAAUAUUUCCUGGUCCGUAGUGACUACGAAACGUGUUAAAUAAUAAAAGCGAGAUUAAAAUGUAAAAUUACUUUAAAUAGAGUAUGAGUUUUGUUUUUGGAUGUCAUAAUAAACUUAAUUAAUACAAGGCUUGUCUCGCUGGGUAGUCUGUCUGUAAUAUGGAUGUUAUUAACACAGGCUAAUUGGGACUCAAUUUUUUUUUUCCAAAAUAUACAAAUACUAUGUGUCAUCUACAUUUUACAACAGCCGUUUUGAUUGCCAAAUAAAAUAAAAA